UAAAACAUACUUCCUUCCUCUUGGUCCUCGUCCUUGUCGCCCGACUCCAUGGCUUUCUGCGGUCAGAGGCUAUCCCUGGGCGCCCAGAUACCCCUCUCUGGCUCCGCCCGCGACCGGCGCUCUGCUUCCGCCGCCGCCUCCGCCUGCGCCCCCAUCCCCGGCCAUCACCUCAAAUGUGUCCUAUCCUCCGCGAAAAUCCCAUCGCCUAAAUUUCCCACCACCUGGACCCGCAAGAAAACCCUCGCCACCUUCUUCUCCUCCGCCCUCGCCUCCGCCGCUGGCGGUGGCUUCCUCCUCCACCUCUCCACUCCCGUCCCUCCCCCCGGCAACACGGGAGGCGGCGGCGGCGGUGGCGGUUGGGGCUGGGGAGGCUUCGGCGGGGGCGAGGGUGGAGGGUUCUGGUCCCAGAUCUUCGCUCCCCUGGCGGCUAUCGCGAGGGAGGAGGAUCCCGCGGGCGGCGGAGGCCCGGAGUGGGACGUCCACGGCCUGCCGGCCAACAUCAUUGUCCAGCUGAGCAAGCUGAGCGGGUUCAAGCGGUACAAGAUCUCGGAGAUUCUCUUCUUCGACCGACGCCGCGGGACCGCCGUCGCCGGCACCGAGGACUCCUUCUUCGAGAUGAUCUCUCUCCACCCCGGCGGCGUCUACACCAAGGCCCAGCUCCAGAAGGAACUCGAAAACCUAGCCUCCUGUGGCAUGUUCGAGAAGGUCGACCUCGAGGGCAAGACCAAGCCCGACGGUACCCUCGCUCUCACCGCGUCCUUCACCGAGAGCACCUGGCAGUCGGCCGACGCCUUCCGGUGCAUCAACGUCGGGCUGAUGCCCCAGACGAAGCAGAUGGACAUGGAUGCGGACAUGACCGACAGGGAGAAGCUGGAGUACUUCCGGAAACAGGAGAAGGACUACCGGAGGAGGAUCGACCGGUCCAGGCCGUGCCUACUGCCCAUGCCGGUGCACCGGGAGGUGCUGCAGAUGCUUCGGGAGCACGGGAGGGUCAGCGCGAGGCUGCUGCAGAGGAUCCGGGACCGGGUCCAGAAGUGGUACCACGAUGAGGGGUAUGCUUGUGCCCAGGUGGUCAAUUUCGGCAAUCUGAAUACAAAAGAGGUGGUGUGUGAGGUCGUGGAGGGGGAUAUCACGCAGCUGGUCAUCCAGUUUCAGGAUAAACUCGGGAAUGUCUGUGAAGGGAAUACCCAGCUUGCUGUCGUUCGUCGGGAGCUGCCCAAACAGCUUCGACCAGGGCAUGUCUUUAAUAUUGAAGCAGGGAAACAAGCUCUAAGGAACAUAAAUUCACUUGCUUUAUUUUCUAACAUUGAGGUGAACCCACGACCCGAUGAAAAGAAUGAAGGAGCAAUCAUAGUUGAAAUAAAGCUCAAAGAACUGGAACAGCAAUCAGCCGAAGUAAGCACAGAGUGGAGUAUUGUACCUGGACGGCAAGGACGACCAACUCUGGCAUCAAUUCAACCUGGUGGAACAGUUUCAUUUGAACAUCGGAAUAUCAAAGGGUUGAACAGGUCCAUACUUGGCUCUGUGACAUCCAGCAAUCUGCUCAAUCCUCAGGAUGACCUGUCUUUCAAGCUAGAGUAUGUGCACCCAUAUGUGGAUGGUGUGUAUAACCCUCGCAACCGUACAUUCCGUGCUAGCUGCUUUAACAGCCGCAAGUUGAGUCCUGUUUUCACUGGUGGGCCAGGGGUGGAUGAAGUUCCACCUGUGUGGAUUGACAGAGUUGGAUUCAAAGCAAAUAUAACAGAGGCCUUCACACGACAAAGCAAAUUCAGUUAUGGACUUGUGAUGGAGGAAAUCACAACUCGCGAUGAAACUAGUAGUAUAUGUACUCAUGGUGCUCGAGUACUUCCUAUUGGUGGCUUAAGCAUGGAUGGACCUCCAACAACCCUAAGUGGUACUGGUAUUGACCGCAUGGCAUUUGCACAGGCAAAUAUUACUCGUGACAACACGAAGUUUGUAAAUGGUGCAGUUGUUGGCGAGAGAGAUGUCUUUCAGUUAGACCAAGGACUUGGAAUUGGCAGUAAGUUUCCAUUCUUCAAUCGUCACCAGCUCACAUUGACCCGCUUUGUUCCAUUGAAACAAGUAGAAGAAGCUGCUGGCAAGCCACCGCCACCUGUUUUGGUCCUUCAUGGACAUUAUGGUGGUUGUGUGGGAGACCUCCCAAGCUAUGAUGCUUUCACACUCGGAGGGCCCUAUUCAGUGAGGGGCUACAAUAUGGGCGAGUUGGGUGCCUGCAGAAACAUUCUUGAGCUAGCUGCUGAGCUGCGGAUCCCUGUGAGGAAUACGCAUAUAUAUGCAUUUGCAGAACAUGGGAAUGAUCUUGGUAGUUCAAAGGAUGUGAAAGGGAACCCGACCGAGUUCUUCCGCCGAGCUGGACAUGGUUCAUCUUAUGGUGUAGGUGUGAAGCUUGGGUUGGUAAGAGCGGAGUAUGCAGUUGAUCAUAAUGCCGGUACUGGUGCAAUAUUUUUUAGGUUUGGAGAGAGAUUUUGAGAGCUGCUAUGGUAUGGUAGCCAUAUAUUCAUUUACAGGACGCCCGGGUCAUUUGUUCCAAGAUAUCAGAGUUUUUCUGCACUGUAUUUUUGUCGAUUGUUCCAAUUCUUGAAAGAUUUAGGUGCCUGUUUGAUCACUC